AGUUUUAUGUCGAAUCUGAGAUUGUUUACAUAUGCAUGGCGACGCAAAGUUGUAUACAUGUAAACAACAUGCAAUGGCCGUGCUAUUUUCCCCACAUAAGUUAGCUAGAUAGGCAAAAAUGAAGAGGUAAGUAUAUUUAGCAAAGUUGUAACAGCAAUCGCCUAUAAUAUAUAUGGUUUUUUUUCUUCCCCAUACAUUGCAAGAACAAGUCGAUGCAAGUCAUGUCAACGGAUAACGUUAGUCCCGAAAUUGAACAUUUCGGCUGACAAAGAUAAAAAUAUGGCAUCUACGACACAAGUUCCUCUUUUAGAUGUAAACUUCGGUUUGAGUUCUACACAGAAGUCUUACGGUGGUAAAAAGGCACCACAUGGCUUCCAUCCAUAUAACGAUGAAGAAGAGUCUCUACAUUUAAGUAGCAGCAUUCCACAGAAAUCAUAUGGAGGAAAGAGAGCGCCAACUGGAUUAAUUGCUGUUAAUUUAGAUGAAGAUUCUAAAUUAACAUGUGUUAAAAAGUCAACAUUAUCAAAUAUUAUUGUUUUGAAUGAUGACGAUGAGUCAACAUGUUAUAAAUCCUAUGGAUUAAAGAAAAUUAUUCCAACAAAUGGUCUAGUCAGUCACGAAGUGGAGGAAACUUCACAUGCACCAAGACGUGUAAACAUCCCUUUAACGGAUAUUAACGAAGAAGGACAGUUAGGUAAUGACAAAGUGACAUUGCCACAGCAUGGGUCUAAGCGUGGAGCACCAGGACCUCUGGUCACAUCAAGUGAUGAAGAGGAGAGUUUGCCCCCUUCUCCUCGUUCUAGUGUAAAUAGUAGUUCAUCUGUCCAACAUGCAUAUGAACAUGACCAUGACUAUGAAAAUGUAGCAUCUCCUAGUGGAAGCAGCACAGCCAGUGGACCUGUGUAUAUAAGACCACCAGGAUUUAAACACCAUGCACAAGAAAUUAAGAAAGUAAAAAAAAAGAAGACCACAGUGUUUGAUUUCAAAUCUGCUCUGAAAAAAAGGGCACCAACUCCUCCCAAAGUUAGACCUAAGAGAGAGUCAGUUCCAAUGAGAUUAAGAGCAUUGCCUCAGUCAUUCUGGAAACAGCCAAAUGUUCCCAAUCCUGUAUCUCCAGCACCUUUACUUCCAUCAUUACCUCCCCUUGGAUCUAAAGACUCGAGUGAAGAUAUCUCCGAUAUGCGACCGAUAACCCCUCCAGAGGACAAAGAGAGACACAAAAAACAGUCCAGACAACCGGAGAGGAAAGUCUACGUCACAGGAGACACAGAUUUACUCCUAAAACAUUUGUUUGACAGAGCAGUAGAAGACAAGAAAAAUCCUUCUCAAAUUAAAAGAGGAAGGCCAAGAAAGAUUGCUGUUCCUAGAGAGACAGGCACCAAAGCUCUUAUUUCUGGUGAUGAUCCAUACCUGGUUGAUGCUGUCACACAGAAAAUGUUUCCCCAAUUGUCACUGGAGUCACGGCAAGGUCAGAUGGGAUCCACAACCCUCCAGUUAGUGACACUCAGGGAUGGGGAUAAAUCUGUCACGCUACCAUCACUUAGUAUAGAGCAGAAUUAUUCUCAGAUGCUGUCAGACCUAGCUAUGAACAUAUGAUGUACUGGCUGAAGGUUUUCUGAGAGUAUUUAUAUUUAUCAUGACACACACACAAAAGAAAUACAAUUUCAUAUUUACAGCAGUAAUAUUUUACACUUUACAAAUAUUCAUUCAGUUGAAAAUGUUUACAAAUCAGGGUUAUCAUGAUUAAUUUAAUUCAUUCCAAUUUUAGAAAUCAGUUGUACUUAACUGAAAGUGUUCAAUGAAUCGGGGUAACAAAAUCAGUGACGUAAAUAAGUGUUGAUAAUGAUAGUUUGAUGUGAUCUACAUUUUUGUAUAUGCAGAGUAGGCAAAUUUGUUCUACAAUUUUGAUUUUUCGGUAGCAAAUUUCCUAGUAAUCUGCAUUACAUAUGUAAUGUUUAAAUAACUGUUGUUGUCUAAUACAUGUAUCCACCUCCCCCUCCCAGAUUGCAUUCUCCAAUUUCAACUUUAAACAUGUGUUCAAAGCAUGUGGCACAAUUUGAUUAUUUUCAUUUCAUUCCCAGACAGUACUUUGUGUAUAUGUGUAUGCCUUUGUUUUGUUUAUUCUUAGAUGUUCUUAAACUGAGAGUGACAUUAAGCACUAAUAAUACUGUGGAAUCGUCAAGUUUUUUGUGGUUUGAGAAAAAUGCAUGUAAGAAUAUUUUUAAAGUCCUGCUUUUAUGGUUUAAAGAUCAAGCUAUCAUGUUUUAUGUAAUUCAAAUUCUCCUGUUCAUGAAGCUUUUAAGAACAAUGUGAAUUAAUAUCUGGUAGUAUCUUAUUAGGUUAGUGCAUAUAUUGAUCUUCAUUCAAAAGGUAUACUGAUGCAAAGCUUAAAAUGUACACAAACAGUGAUACAGGUACCUGUAUCUGUUGUUGACUUUGUUACUGAUUAGGAAAUUAAGAAUACAUGUGAUUCAAAUUCAUAUGGACAUGGAAGAAUAUGCAAAUUAUCUCCUUUAAGGGGUAUAGUACUGAAUUAUCAAAUGAUUUAGAAACAAAGUCUUCAAUUCACUACAUAUUGAUCAUUCUUUUGUUAUUGAAUUUAUUAUAGUAUGCAGUAUUUCUACAAUGAUCAUACUGCAUUUAAUUUAUUAUAUUGUACAAUACAAUUUGUAGAUUGUUAUUUUUAUUUAUUGACUUUGCUAUAUUUAAAGAUUCUGUCCAUUUCUGACACCUUUAGGUGAUUUGAGACAAUUCCAACAUAACUACAUGUAGCCGUCCACAAUUUUUGUCCCUAUUUAUGUUGACUGUGAUAUUGUUGUUGUUGAAUCUGGUGACAAUUAAUUAUUUUUAUGCAUUUCUUUAAGGAUAUAUUACAUACAUUGAAUCAAGACAUGAUCUUGAAGCUUUACUUCAGAUUAUGAAAUAUAUUAGCAUUUUUUAAUAUCAUUUGCAACCUUGGGCAUCUAGUAAUUGACCUGUCUGUCUGUUUAGUCCUCUACACAUAAGUUGUUUGCUUUAAGAUUUUAAAAAAUCUUAACAUUUUAAACCUUAAAAUACUUUUAGAUUUAAGUUUGAUGAGUGAUUCAUUUUAUGUGAUGGGUACGUAGGGUGAAUAUCUGUCUGCAAAGAUCACAUUUUUUCUUAGAAGACUGUGUUCAGUAUUUUUAGUAUUUUGAAUAACUGGACUGCAAACUUCAUGUGUGUAUGUGUGUGUGUGCAUGUGUUUAUUUCACAGACACUUUGAAUUCCCCACCACUGGGAGCAGAGUGUUACACUAACACAUUGAAUUCCCCAUCUCUAGAAGCAGAGUGUUACACUAACACAUUGAAUUCCCCACCACUGGGAGCAGAGUGUUACACUAACACAUUGAAUUCCCCAUCUCUGGGAGCAGAGUGUUACACAAACACAUUGAAUUCCCCAUCUCUGGGAGCAGAGUGUUUCAUAAAUACAUUCUACAAUUUUCCAGUUAUAAUAAUUCCGUCCUAUUUCUUUUUCAUUCAAAUGUGUGAAAUUCUAUUUAUAUACAUAUAAUGCCUGAAAAUGUUUUAUCUUUUAUUUAUUUCUAUUUUUUAUACAUGAUUACCUGUAUAUGUACUUAUGAAUGUGUUUGUAUAAGUUUUGUCAUAUUUAGUGGAAGCAUAAUUAACCAUACACUUCCAUAGGCCAUACAAAUUAAAUUCUGUUUUAUAUCGAUCUUUGUUAAAUCUUCAAUCUUUACAUUUAUUAAAUGUUAGAUCAUGGUUCAGAAAUACGGGUUGAUAAUCAGAUUUGUAUGUUAAUAUUCAAAUUCUUUAAAUAUAAAAUUAAUGUUGAAUUAAUAAUUGUGUAAGAUUUUAUUAUUUUCUAAAUUAUUAUACUUAUUGGUUACACGUACAAUAUAUAUUGAGUUUUGACUACAGGCUACUCUUUGCCAGGUUGUGAAAUUGACAGGCACAAAACUAUGUGAUCUUGAGUACAAACAUUCCAAUAAAGCAUUUCUAGUCUACAUUAUUUAUUAAAUCAGUAUUUUAAUCAUGACUAUGUAAAAAUAUGUAUAUUGUGCGUUUUUCCUUAAUCUUUUUGAAUUGAGUGAUUUAUAGUUUCAGAUUUUAAAACAUGUACAUAUGUUUUAGGUACUUUGAGUGCGCUUCUAUUUUGUCCAUUAUACAGUGCUAUAUUGAAUACGUGAAGUUUUACAUGUUGAUACAUUAAAUUUUUUAAAAAGAU